AUGUCUGGAAGCGGCCCCAAAGACGAUCAACACGCCGGCGGGAGCAAUGAACCGCCUACUGGUCAGUCUCGAUCUCAAUGGCUCGAGAACGUGGUAGUAGAACAGAAAAAAGCACUGGCAGACAGCAAACAACAAAAUGAGGACCUAGAUGCUGAGAACCAGUUCCUCCACUCUCAAAUACACAUACUGGGUGAGCAAUACCAGCACUGCCAGAGGGAAAUAGAAAAGCAUAACGCCCAGUUGCUCCAGGUAACGGAAGAGUUGCGAGAAUCACAGGGCAAAUGCGACGCACACGAGGUUCACAUCCGGACGGCGGAGGAAGCGAACCACGAGCUGCGAGAGCACAACAAAAAGCAAACGGCCCAGAUGACUCAAGUUCAGGAAAAGUCUGAUCACUUGAAGGUCUUACUAGCGAGUCGCGAACUGGAAAUAGCAGGCAUACAGAAAACCCUGGAAGAUGCGCAAACCUUGUCGGAUGGAUACAAACAACAGGUAGAGUUAUUUGAGAAAGGAAACGAGAGAUUGGAAGAUGGAGUAGAAAAUUUACUAAAAAGACAGAAAACUGUGCAAAAUGUACUGCAUUCUAGGAUGGCAAGGCUCCAAGAACUGGCCCAGAAUACGGAAGCAACCUAUGCUUCGUACAUGGAGCAACGGGCUAAGAUCCUGGGGAUCAAGGUAUACCCGAAGUUACUCUGUCCUCAGGGCAACUCCAUGACUGACAGCGACCCAGACAAUACCCCUGCGUGGCCAGGACUUGCCACGCUAGAUGAUGAGAUCGGAGACUUGUCGUCCGGACUUGACGGCGAAGGAGAAGGCCUGUUGCUGGCCCACGGACUAGAACGUGCCCCAACAGGGCUGUCUGUUUCUGCAUCCGACAAGGGGUUUGACAUCAAUAUAUACCGUUCGGUGCCGAGACCUGACUCCCCAGAAUCACCUACUGCAACUGCAAUAUCGGCUACGUCUAGCCGCACGGCCAGAAAAUGGGGAAUAGUAGGCGGCAGCGACUCGGAAGAAGACGUUAGAACUCGAUCUUCGGUGUCUGUACGUACUUCAGGGACCUCGAAUCCCAGACCGAGUACCUCUCAAAAGAUCUCAGAGAUCUUCGGGCCGAGUUUGCAGAAUGCCCCGUCAAACGCGAACCCAUUCUUGCGCCUGGAUUGUGUUGAACAGAACGGCCCACGGAAGCGGGUACGGAUUAGUUCAUUCAAGGAUGAGGAAUUGGUGGAGGAGUACGACCCGUUCGGAAUAGUGGUGCGUGGGCUGGGACAACUGCAGCUGAAUGACACGGAAAAUUUAGAUAUAGAUGAACCGACACGUUCGGGGACGUCCAUGAAAAAGGGAGAGAAAAAGUCGCCGGAAGAGCCUAUCCAACUGACACGCUCAGUAAGAGAUAGCUACACAGGUCCAGUGUAUCUUCCUAAACCGUAUGGCGUGGGCAAUACACGCAUGGAAAUUCCCAAGGCGAGCUGGAUGAAUCCAAUCCCUCCGGAGAAGUAUAAAAGGCCAGCAGAGCCGGCGCCGGCUGCCAUCCCAGAGAAACCUGACUCCACUGAGGAGAGUGCUCCUCAACACAGUUCCUAUCAUCUCUGGUGGUUUAUUAUUGUGGCUAUCCUACUGCUGUUGCUAUGUGUAUGGCUCCGAGGCGGCAGCAGUGGUCACAAUCACCCAAAUUGGAAGGGUGCCAAUAAGGUACCUGAAUCUGUUGUUCAUCAGAUGCGAGGUGGGCUGGGAAAGGAAGCGCGACUCAGGAAUAUUUUAGAAUACGAGAUGGUGAUACGGUCCGAGAUUGAACGGAUGGCUUUGGGAUAG